CGCGCGCGCCGCGGGCGGGCCAGUGAUCCGGGACCGGCUUGGUCGCUAGGUGGCUCGGUCUGUCCGUCCGUCCGCGGGUGCCAUCAUGGCGGACGCGGCCAGUCAGGUGCUCCUGGGCUCCGGUCUCACCAUCUUGUCCCAGCCGCUCAUGUACGUGAAGGUGCUCAUCCAGGUGGGAUAUGAACCUCUUCCUCCAACAAUUGGACGAAAUAUUUUUGGGCGGCAAGUAUGUCAGCUUCCUGGUCUCUUUUGUUAUGCUCAGCACAUUGCGAGCAUCGAUGGGAAGCGUGGGUUGUUCACAGGAUUAACUCCAAGGCUGUGUUCAGGAGUUCUCGGGACUGUGGUCCAUGGCAAAGUUUUACAGCAUUACCAGGAGAGUGACAAGGUUGAGGAGUUAGGACCAGGAAAUGUACCAAAAGAAGUUCCAUCUUCCUUCGACCAAGUUAUCAAGGAGACAACACGAGAGAUGAUGGCUCGUUCUGCUGCUACCCUCAUCACACAUCCCUUCCAUGUGAUCACUCUGAGAUCCAUGGUACAAUUCAUUGGCAGAGAAUCCAAGUACUGUGGACUUUGUGACUCCAUAGUAACCAUCUAUCGGGAAGAGGGCAUGAUAGGAUUUUUUGCGGGUCUUAUUCCUCGCCUCCUAGGUGACAUCAUUUCUUUGUGGCUCUGUAACUCACUGGCCUACCUCGUCAAUACCUAUGCACUGGACAGUGGGGUUUCUACCAUGAAUGAAAUGAAGAGUUAUUCCCAAGCUGUCACAGGAUUUUUUGCCAGUAUGUUGACCUAUCCCUUUGUGCUUGUCUCUAAUCUCAUGGCUGUCAACAACUGCGGGCUUGCUGGUGGGUGCCCUCCUUACUCCCCAAUAUAUACUUCUUGGAUAGACUGCUGGAGCAUGCUACAAAAAGAGGGAAAUAUGAGCCGAGGAAAUAGCUUGUUUUUCCGGAAGGUCCCCUUUGGGAAGACUUAUUGUUGUGACCUGAGAAUGUUAAUUUGAAGAUGUGGGACAGGGACAGUGACAUUUCUAUAGUCCCAGAUGCACAGAAUUAUGGGAGAGAAUGUUGAUUUCUAUACAGUGUGGCACGCUUUUUUAAUAAUCAUUUAAUCUUGGGAAAAUGGAGGUAUUUGGUGUCUGCCUUUUUUUUGUUCUUUUUCCUAGCACAGCAUAAUUUACCACUAAUAUUCCCCCUUUAGUUAUUCUGCAAUUGUACAUUUUUGCUCCAGACUCUUUAUUUUACUUAAACAGGGGAAAAAAGUUGCAUUUUCCUAACUAUUGUCAUGUGAUUUGGCCUUAAUUCAAGGCUUUGUAAAAUGAAGAGUACAGUCCCAAGAAGAAAGAUAAAUACUGUAAAAUUUCAGAAUAGUAAGGCAAACUGUAUGGGAGGUCAUGAAUGACCUUUCUUUAGUACACCCUAAAAACUCAGCAGUAUCCUCCAGAAUUUGCCUCCCAUUAUAUGCUUCUAAGCAUUUUUUAUUAAUCCUGUCUCUCAUACUUCAUAAAAGGGACAAUCCAUUGCUAAAUCACCCUACAAAAUCUCUACAUGAAGCAUCCACACCUUCAGUCUGUUAUUGCAAAGUAAUAAAUUGUUGUCAACAGAAAAAGAAAAAAAAAGACAAUUAUAGAGAAUAAGCAA